AUGAGGCAGCCGCGGAUUGAUGAGCAUCCGCUCGCGCACGACGGCGAAAAGGUCCGGGUGGUGGCGUUGUUGGACGCUCUCCUCUUUGUCAGCAGACAAGACGCACCCAUAGAGCUUUGGGUCGGAUUGUGGGGGAUGAGGAGAGGAGGUGGGGGGGUGGCCGCAGCGUCCCCUCUUACUAACCCCCACAUCCCCACCCCCAAUCAACCACCCUCCUUCAACCUCACCCCCCAUUUCAGCCGCCCCCUGGAACCGCACCCCCUCCCUCCCUUCCUUCCUCCACACCCCUGCCCCACCCACAGUUGUCUCUGCCCUGUCCUUCACACGGCAGCCAGCCCUCCCGCCCCCCCGUCCCCGCCACCUACCCCCCACAGUAGCAGCCGCGGGAGGGGAGAGGUAGGGCAGUGGGUGGUGCUCUGCUGGCGGGGUUCUCUGCUGGCGGGGUUCUCUGCUGGCGGGGUUCUCUGCUGGUGCUGGUUCCUGGUGCUGGCGGCUGGCGCUGGUGCUGGUUCCUGGUGCUGGCGGCUCGCGCUGGUGCUGGUUCCUGGUGCUGGCGGCUGGCGCUGGUGCUAG